AUGACGAUGCAUGGAACGACGUUUGUGGUGAAUGUCCGCGUACUGGCGCGCGAGGCGUCGAAUUGGCGGGGAAUUUUCGUCGACUUGAGCGGUCACGCGCCGGAGCCGGCGACCGGGACGGCGGCGACGGACGCGUGGGAGCGCGUCCAGGCGGCGCUUUUGGAGGCAUUGCGCGCUCGCGAAGGUGUGAUUGAUAUAAGCGAUAUCGUUGACGCGCAGUCGGACGCGAUAGGACCGCCGACGGUCUCUGGAGUAUUAUUGGAUUUUCCGUGCGUGUACGCAUUUCCGACCGAGUCUAUGUCAAGCGCGGCGGCGAUGUUAUCGUCGUGCAGUUUAAGCGUACACUCGUUAGAGUGUAGACGACGAGACGGCGUGGACAACGAGAGCGAACUGGCGUAUGGGUGGAGUAUACCGAGCUCUUUGAUCAUGGAUGACGACGCGAGGGUAAAGUUUGAAGCCGCCGUCGCUACAUGGAGAGAUGUCGUCGCUGACUGUUUGCGGUCGCUUGGCUUUUGCGCGUCGCACCAGGUCGCGUACACCGCUCCGGGAAGUAAUAGGAUAGCAUUUUAG